AUGGAGGAACAAUAUGCGGCCUUCUCAAUCCAUGAUGAUGAUGAGGAGGGGCUUAUCUUUGAAGCAGGGGCGGAUGGAUUGGCAGAGAUUGACGAUCGAUGGCUUCUGGUAGGACGUUUCUUAACUAAUCGGGCUAUAGAUUUUCAGGCGAUGCAGAACAAGAUUGCUACACUUUGGCAACCAGGGAGAGGUUUAUAUAUGAAAGAACUUGACUCAAACCUUUUUCUAUUUCAAUUUUACCAUGAAGUUGAUAUAGAACGGGUUAUUGAGGGGAGUCCUUGGACGUUUGAUCGAGCAUCGUUAAUCUUUGAACGAGUGAAGAGUGGCGAGAAUCCUAGGAGUAUACCGUUGGUAAAACUGGAUUUAUGGGUACAACUGUACAACUUGACAGUCGGAUUCAUGUCAGACAAAGUGAUACAAGGUGUGGGGAAUUACAUUGGUUCGUUUAUUAAAUCCGAUCCUAAUAAUUUCUCAGGUGUUUGGCGAGACUAUCUACGUAUCCGUGUGUCAAUUAGAGUCGACAAGCCACUGAAAAAGAAGAAAAAGUUUGAGAUAAGAGGCGGUCCGACAUGCCAUGUGCACUUUAAAUAUGAGGACUUGCCAACUUUUUGCUUCAUUUGUGGUGUUCUUGGACAUUCUGAGAGAUUUUGUGAGAAGCUGUUCGAAGUUCCCAGAGAACAGAUUGUUCAAGAGUAUAACCUUGAUCUGAAAGCGGCACCAAGAAGAAGGAAUUAUGCUGAUGGGUCACGAUGGCUAAAAUCUGGGUUAGCAAUCAAGAGUAAUACAGAGAAGCCGCCAGAAGCAACCAGCUCCAAUGGUGGUGGCCGGAGUCAUCAAAUCCCUCCAUUCAGGGACAAUCAAAGGGGGAGAAUUACCAUGAAUCAAGUAUCUUCAUUAAUUCACCAAGAUUUACGCUCCAGGAAUGAAUCACCAAGCAUUAAGAUAGUUGACCAGAGUAAUGAAGCACAAAUCACUAUGGAAAAAUCCCUAAUUUUAAGGAAAGAUAAUCCUACUGGGAUGAUGGCGCCAACUCAACCGGAUUUGAAUUUAGGGCUGGUCUUUAUUGACAACAAAAGGAGAAGAAUGGGCCAUACAAAUGAAGUUGGGCUUAAUGAAAUACAAGAAAUUGAAAUGGGCCGUGGGGGAACAAAUAAUGAUCAAGAUGGCAAUAAUAUGGAUAUUUCUCAACCAGAAACUAAUGUUGAUACAGUCCAAAAUGAUACUUCAAAAAACUUGCUCGAGGCGGGUGCUGGUUCCCAGGCCCGCCAAGAAUUAUGA